AUGUUCUACUAUGAAAAUGAAAACUGGAUUGCAGCUGAAGAGGAUUUUACAGCCUUGUUAAAUAUAGAUCCCCAAAAUUCUCAAGCAAGAGGACAAUAUCUUCUUAGGAUGAAGUGGUAUGAUCUUGCAAAGUUCACUAUUUAUCAAGUAGCAGAAAUGACCAAAGGUCUCAUUGAGUUGAGUCCUAUACAGCAAGCACUCAUUUAUUCAUUUUGUGAGAAACAUGACAAGGCCAUUCAGGUCUUAGAUGGGAUCACUUUGAAUAAGGCUGAGGUCACCAUGUAUGCUCUAUUAGCAAAAGCUCAAAUGAAGGCCAAGAGAAACAAGGAAGCCAUGAGAAUGUUUAAAAAGGCGUUGGAUAUCUUUUCUCAUUCUGCUAAAGGACGAAAUGCCGUAGCAGCUUCAUCAGACUGUCUGUAUCACUUGGGUCUUUGUUACAUGGAGGAAGGCAACUUACAACUGGCUUUUGAUUCUUUUACAAAAGCUGUGAAAGCAGAUCCUGAUUUUGCAGAAGGCUUUUAUCAACGUGGGCUUUGUAAAGUAAAACUCCACAAGGAUAGUUCAAUCCUGGAUUUUAAUCGUGCAAUUACCCUUGAUCCAAAACAUUACCAGGCAUAUUUAAGUCGAGUAGCCUACUAUGGUUUGAAAGGCAGAUACUCCAAAGCAAUCUUGAGUUGUAAUGAGGCCAUCAAAAUUUAUCCUCAGAGUGUGCGUGCCUACGUCUACAGAGGAGUUCUGAAAUACUACAACAAGACUUAUAAACUAGCGAUUACAGAUUUAACUACAGCUAUCAACAUGGAUAAAAACUGUUAUAUAGCAUUUUAUAACAGAGCAUUAUGUUACACCAAGAUAAAUGAACUUCAAAUGGCAUUAACAGAUUAUGGAAUUGUGCUUCUCCUUGAUGCUGGAGAAACUGUGAUGUUAAACGCCUGUAUUAAUCGUGGACUCAUCUACACUGAACUAGAGCAGUUCAGUUUUGCAUUAGAGGAUUUUAAACAAGCUGCUCUGAUGAGCAAGACUAAUGUGAGCCUCUGUCAAGCUACUGCCAUGUGCUAUCACAGAAAUAAAGAGUUUGAAGAAGCUGUCAAUUUCUUUACCUGGGCUGUUAAAAUUGAUCCCUGUUUUCUGGAUGCUUACAUUGGACGGGGAAAUUCUUACAUGGAAUAUGGACAUGAUGAGGCCAUCAAACAAGCACAGAAGGACUUUCUGAAAGCACUGCAUUUUAAUCCAGUCUAUACAAAAGCCAGAAUUUGUUUAGGCUAUAAUUUGCAGGCCCAAGGAAAAUUCCAGAAAGCUUGGAACCACUUUACCAUUGCCAUAGAAGUUGAUCCGAAGAGCUACCUAGCCUAUGAAGGAAGAGCUGUGGUCUCUCUUCAGAUGGGUGAUAAUUUUGCUGCAUUUCAGGAUAUAAAUGCUGCCAUAAAGAUCAAUACUAGAGCAGAGUUCUUAACAAAUCGUGGUGUGAUUCAUGAGUUUAUGGGUCAACAACAGAACGCAAUGAGAGACUAUCAAGCAGCAAUUUCUCUAAACCCCACGUACUCGCUGGCUUACUUUAAUGCAGGAAAUAUCUACUUUCACCACAGACAGUUUUCCCAGGCUAUUGACUACUUCUCAAAGGCUUUAAAGUUUGAUCCAGAAAAUGAAUGUGCUACCAUGAAUCGAGCUAUUGCAAAUGCAGUAUUAAAGAGAUACGAAGAAGCAAAAGAAGACUUUGCAUAUGUAGUUGAAAGCUGUCCAUUUUGGGCUGCAGUAUAUUUUAACAGAGCAUCCUUCUACUGUUGUUUAAAGCAAUAUGAACUUGCUGAAGAAGACCUAAGUAAAGCUCUGUCUUUGAAACCUAAUGAUGCUCUAGUGUAUAAUCUUAGAGCAGAAGUUCGUGGUAAAAUAGGUCUGAUUGAUGAAGCUGUGGCUGACUAUAACCAAGCACUUUAUCUUCAAGAACAUGCCUCAGUGGUAUGA